AUGACGGACGGCAAUCUCAGUAUCUGUAGUCCGAGGAAUAUACUGCCACAUUGGCUUUCUCCAAGUAGUAUAUCGGAAGCCAGACAUGAGGAUCACCAGUCCGACCUUGGAAAAAUUCGGUGCGCCCGGCAUCUCAUAGACCGCACAGAUGAAUGCUUCGCCUACUCUUUGACGCCAUUAAAUAUGGUCGUAAUUCCCGGAGCGGUGAGUCUUCGUCGUCGGACCGAAAUUACGUACAUUGGUACAGCUGAUCUUCUGAAACGAAAGCGAUCUUGGACGGGGACUGGUACAAGUUGGAAAUGGUCUUGGCGACCUCCCUCGAGCUGUUCUGGCUGGCGGCGGCGGCACGUCCGAUCAACUUUUGGUGUGAUGUUGUUCGUGCAGAACUAUGACGUUACUAUUCGAGACUUCGACCUCGAACAAAUCCUAGGCGGAAACCUCUAUCAUUUCAACCAAGCGUUCCUGUCUCUGGUAUACAACAUCAUCACCGGCAUUUACGGCGUGCUCGAACAGUUCGUGAUUAAGCGCCCCAAACUGGAUGAGUACCCGGGACUACGUGGAACUGGAGGCGAAGACCGAGUUCGUCUGCUUCUACUGGGAGCUAUCAGACGCACCAGAGUAGUCGGGCCUGGGGCGGAUUCGUGGCCCGCGCCACCAUCGGUCCGUACAAAAUCAGGCUCCCGCCAUGUGUCGAGCUAA